AUGGGUCCUUCACACACAGUAGAAUGCAGUCAGCUGGCGUGCACCUCUGCUACCUUGAGCAUCAUCCGUUUUAUGAGUCACCUGUUGAGGUCGCAGUCACCUCAGUCGCUAACCUGUCUGGCUUUCUGUUACGCUCGACUUGGGGCACUGAACUACGAAGUGGGGAGGGAGCUGCCUUAUCUGGCCUUCGCGCUGGGUGCUGGCAUAAUACCUGCAGGCUCCAUCUUCUAUUUCGUUCGAUCAUCUGACGUUGAUGAUCUGGUAAUCGUCUCGAGGGCUAUGGAAGCUGCUGGCAUUACUGUCAAACAUCAGCAAGGCGCUUGA